CGUCUGCCAUGUCUACUUGACUACUAGCUUUAGCUCAAACUGUAAACGACUGGAGAAGAAGCAACAGCCGGCUUGCUUGGCCAAUCCUCUCUUCUGAAAACCUCCAUUCCUUUAUAUUGUCCAAUUAAAUGCAGUAACUGCAAACACCUAAUUUUGACAGUUGCUUACCCUGAAGAUGGCUGGAAGUGGCCGGAGGAGUGCGCGGAGCAGAAUCAAAUCCUCAACCGAUGGCAGCGAUGACGGCCUUCUUGGUAGCACAAAACCGAACUUGAAGUUACGAAGAGAUAGAACUAAAGAUCACAAUUUGAUUCCAAUCAUAAAUGUUGAUCUCAAAAUCAUGCUUGGAAUUGGCGUUUUCUCGUUCUUAAUUAUCUUCUUCUUGAUUCAUAAUCUCAUAAAGCCUAGUGAAGAAGCUCAGCGACCUAGGGUUGUUACUCCGUUUCCUGCUCCGAAGAUCAUGGACCUUCCUCAGUUUCAAGGAGAGCAUAAAGAGAGCUUAUACUGGGGAACGUAUCGACCUCAUGUUUAUCUUGGAAUUCGCGCCAGGACUCCUCAGUCUUUGGUCGCUGGUUUGAUGUGGAUUGGCAUAAAAGAUGGAAUGUAUCAUAUGCGACAUGUAUGCCAAGACUCAGAUGAGCUAAGCACGUAUGGCUGGACACAACAUAAUGCUCGUGAUUUUGGACACCAAGUGCUGGUUGAUCAUGGCUUGAAGUUGGAAACUAGUUUCUUGAAAUCUAAAAGUGAAGGCAGUGGCUAUGGAGGGGAUUGGGCAGUUCGAAUUGAUGUGCAAAGCGGAAAGCCUGAGUGGGAUAAGGAAAAUGGGCAUUUGUUUUUCUAUUUGGCUGAUGAAGAUGGAAGUGCUCUAACUUUGAGAGGAGAUACCAUAGACAUCCGUGAGAAUUCUCUUCUGGCAUCAGGUUCACGUGCAGACAUUGGAGGUUGGCAGCUACAUUUAGAAUCAAAGGAUGAUUUGGAGAUCCACUAUUCUGGAUUCAAGACACCUCAUAUUCACAAUUUGUCUGAUCUUGUCCUGCAAAAUCUCGGGGUGCAAUUAAGGAAGUUUAGACUGCUGCAGCUGUCUGACUCAUCUAAUGGUUCUCCAAAUAUCUUAGUUUUUCAGAUUUCUGCAAGCAUUCCAUUCAAAGCAGAUGUUGCUUUUGUAUCUGGAAGUGGAGUAAGAAAUUCAAGAAUAAAGGAACGUGUAGACAGCCUAACAGGUAACUCAAUGACAAGUCAACUACAGGAGAAGCAAUCAGAAUUUGAUGCAAAGUUCAGAAGGUGCUUUGAUGUAUCUGGCAAGCUUGAAUCUGAAUCUGUAAUUGUCGGUAAGGCUGCUGUCGCCAAUAUGUUGGGAGGCAUUGGCUACUUUUAUGGUCAAUCAAAAAUUUCCUACCCAAAAAAUUCUAAUCACGAAGGUCAUAAUAAUUUUAUUGCAUAUUGGCCAGCUGAGCUUUACACAGCUGUUCCAAGUCGCCCAUUCUUUCCAAGGGGAUUUCUAUGGGAUGAAGGUUUUCAUCAGUUACUGAUUUGGCGUUGGGACGUUAAAGUAACCUUGGAUAUUGUUGGCCACUGGUUAGAUUUAAUGAAUGUGGAUGGGUGGAUUCCACGGGAGCAAAUACUUGGGUCUGAAGCUCUGAGUAAGGUUCCCGAGGAAUUUGUUCUUCAGUAUCCAACUAAUGGAAAUCCACCGACCUUAUUUCUGGUUAUAAGUGAUCUACUUUAUGGCAUAAAGAACAAUAAGUUUACCUCUGCUGAAAACAAUGAGAUCACUUCUUUCCUAGAGCGGGCUUAUGUUCGUCUUGAAGCUUGGUUCCAGUGGUUCAAUACCACCCAGUCAGGAAAGGAGAUUGGAAGCUAUUUUUGGCAUGGGAGGGAUAAUUCAACAAUUCGUGAACUAAACCCGAAGACACUGUCCUCGGGGCUGGAUGAUUAUCCCCGUGCAUCACAUCCAAGCGAAGAAGAACGUCACUUGGAUCUUAGAUGCUGGAUGCUUCUUGCUGCAAAUUGCAUGCAUUCCAUAUCACAGCUGUUACAGAAAAAAUAUGAGUCUGGAAAGGACUAUGGUUCAAUAGCCAAUCUACUUUCAGAUUUUGAACUGCUGAAUCAGAUGCACCUUGAUCCUGAAUAUGGAGCAUAUUUUGAUUUUGGAAAUCAUACUGAAAAGGUUCAAUUAAAAGAAGCAAUCGAGGAGAAUAGUCAUGUAAAGCAAGUUGUUCGGGAAGUAUUAGAAAAGCCAGAGUUGAGACUGGUUCCUCAUGUUGGUUAUGUGAGCCUUUUUCCAUUCAUGAGGAGGAUCAUUCCAUCUGACUCAUGGAUUCUAGAAAAACAGCUUGACUUCAUCUCAAACAGGAGUGUUUUGUGGACUAACUAUGGACUCCGUUCUCUUGCCAAAACCAGUUCCCUGUACAUGAAACGCAACACAGAGCAUGACCCACCUUAUUGGAGAGGUCCUAUUUGGAUGAACAUGAAUUACAUGAUUCUUUCUGCACUCUACCACUACUCCAAAGAAGAUGGACCAUACAGAGAGAGGGCCAAGAUAAUCUAUGAGGACCUAAGGAGCAAUUUGAUUAGAAAUGUGGUUCAGAACUAUCACAAAACUGGGUUUUUGUGGGAACAAUAUGAUCAGACUAAGGGUAAAGGAAAAGGCGCACGCUUGUUUACUGGUUGGACAUCACUCGUGCUGCUUAUAAUGGCAGAAACCUACAGCUGAGCUAACAUCACUUUUCUUAGAGGAACUAGUUUACAAAUAUCUGAUCUGAUGUAAUAUUGAUUUUUCAUCAGCAACAGCGAAAAACAUCUUGGGUUUUAACAGAGUCCUUUUUGGUUAAUAGGCUAAUAUUAAUUGUUUGAUUCUGUCUAAGUCGUAAUAUCUUGGAUAGAGGGAUAAAGCAAAAGAUAAUAUAUUACAAAUUACACAGAAA